AUGAUUGACUCCAAUAUUCAUCCCAGUCAAUAUCCUCCUCCUCUUCUUAGAGGAAAUACCGACUGGAGGCGGGCGCCUCCAGUCCGAAGGGUAACUUUUCCCAAUGGGAAUGCCAUGCAAACCGAAAAUGUGGGGGAAUGCCCCGAGCUGAUUCUAGAUGCCCCCGGGCUGAUUGACGAUUUUUAUUCAUCCCCAAUUGACUGGUGUGAAUACGACGGAUGCUCAAGAAUAGCCGUUGCGCUUCUUUCCUCGAUUUACAUUUACAAUCCAGAUAACAAGGCCCUCUGCCAGAUGGAAAGGUACAAUCGCCACAUGGUCACUUCGGUGAAAUUUAUCUCGCCACAAAAUUCAAGGCUAUUGGCAAGCGGAGCGCAGGGUGGAGGGAUUCGCGUUUGGGACACCUCCACCGUCCAAAUCCUUUGUGAAUGGCAAACGACCAGCUCCAGGAUCAUUUCCCUGGCCACUUUAAACGAAAAUCUCAUUUUCAGCGGGUCCGAGACAGGAGAAGUCCUUCUUUUUGAUCUUCGGACCAAUAGGCCUGCGUCUCGUCUAUCUUCCACAAUACAUUGCCAAGAAAUAUGUGGAUUGUCAUUGGCCCCCAAUCGCUCGUUGCUUGCAUCUGGGUCAAACGACAAUACGAUCGGAAUUUGGGAUCUGAGGAUGCUUUGCGCUAAUUCUCUUGGGAUUGGACGUGCACUGUUCAAGAUUUCUCACCAUUCGGCAGCUGCCUUAAAUUGGCUGGACAAUUCUAUUCUUGCUUCUGGGGGCGGAACAUCUGACCGCAGAAUCGCCUUGUGGGAUGCCAGCACAACUGGAGCACUACUUUACGAAAAAGAUACCGGCUCGCAGAUAACCCAUUUAGUAUGGCUUUCCCCGCCGUAUGGGCAGGGAAAUCUCCUCGCAGUUGCACACGGAUACGAGGCAGCUGCUGAAAACGAACGAACAACCAAUGUCGCAGAUAUCAGCAUUUGGGAAUAUUCGCCUCUUCAUCAGUUGAGAGAGGUCCAAAGGAUAUCCCCUGCCCACUCUGGCCGAGUUUUGCAUUUGGCAACCAUUCCACACAAGCUCCUAUCAUGCGGUGCGGAUGAAACGCUGCGCUUCUGGGCCUUUUGA